CUGAGGUCCUCAUUCAACUGUAUUUACAGUCCACCGGCUCUGCAGACACACACUCACCAUACACCUAGAUACACACGGAGAGUCAUUUGUAAGGCUAGAAAAGAUGCCGUGUGUCAGCUCCUACACGGGCCAGAUGGGGAAGAUGCCUUGUAGCCUCAGCUCUGUGCUAGAGACAGCCCUCAUGGUGGAGCAGAUUCUGUCGGAGUUCAGGCUGAAGAAGGAGCAGUUGAAGGAGGUGAUGAAGAGGAUGAUGAGGGAGAUGGACCGGGGACUGCGUGUGGAGACGCACCAGGAGUCCAGCGUCAAAAUGCUGCCCACCUACGUCUACUCCACUCCUGAGGGAUCAGAGGUGGGGGAUUUCCUGGCCCUGGACCUGGGGGGGACUAACUUCCGUGUGAUGUUGGUGAAGGUGGGGGAGGAUGAGGAGAGGGUGUGGAAGGUGGAGACCAAACACCAGAUGUACUCCAUCCCUGAAGACGCAAUGACAGGCACGGCUGAGAUGCUCUUUGACUACAUUGCAGAGUGUAUAUCAGACUUCCUGGACAGACACCACAUCAAACACAGGAAGCUUCCUCUGGGUUUCACCUUCUCCUUCCCCGUACGACAUGAGGACAUAGACAAGGGCAUCCUACUGAACUGGACCAAAGGGUUCAAGGCGUCUGGAGCCGAGGGUAACAACGUGGUGGGACUACUGAGAGAUGCCAUCAAGAGGAGAGGGGACUUUGAGAUGGACGUAGUUGCCAUGGUGAACGAUACAGUUGCUACCAUGAUAUCUUGCUACUAUGAGGACCGCAGCUGCGAAGUGGGAAUGAUUGUGGGUACUGGGUGUAACGCCUGCUACAUGGAGGAGAUGCGGACAGUGGAGCUGGUGGAGGGAGAAGAGGGGAGGAUGUGUGUGAACACAGAGUGGGGGGCCUUCGGUGCUAAUGGAGAGCUGGAGGAAUUCAGACUGGAGUACGACAGGGUGGUGGAUGAGACAUCUCUCAACCCUGGACAACAACUCUAUGAGAAGUUGAUCAGUGGGAAGUACAUGGGAGAGCUGGUGAGGCUGGUAUUGUUGAAGCUGGUGAAUGAAGAGCUGCUGUUUAACGGGGAAGCCUCUGACCUGCUGAAGACUCGCGGCAGCUUUGAGACGCGUUACGUCUCCCAGAUAGAGAGUGACUCUGGUGACAGGAAGCAGAUCUACAACAUCCUGUCCACGCUGGGCGUGUUGCCCUCGGAGAUGGACUGUGACAUAGUGCGUCUGGCGUGUGAGAGCGUGUCCACGCGGGCAGCACACAUGUGUGGAGCGGGGUUAGCCGCCGUAAUCAAUCGCAUGAGAGAACGCCGCAGCCAGGAGGUGCUGAAGAUCACCGUGGGCGUUGACGGCUCCGUCUACAAACUCCACCCCUGUUUCCAAGACAGGUUCCACAAAGUUGUACGUGAGCUGACGCCUCACUCUGACAUCACCUUCAUCCAGUCAGAGGAAGGGAGUGGCCGGGGAGCAGCACUUAUCUCUGCAGUAGCCUGUAAGAUGGCAGCGUGCAUUCUGACACAGUGAGAGGGUCGUAACAGCCUCCCACCUAUAGGGGGUGAUGCAGGUGAACCAGGCUGAACUGAACCCCUACAGUAAAUGACUCCUCUGGAGAAUCUCAAUUGGUGUUGCUCAACUCGCAUCCUCUCCUCCAUCCUCGCCUCGCCUCCUUUUGAAAAAGGUCAACGGUAAUCGAGGAGUGGAGGGGAGGAAACAUGGAAACAAAUGCAUUUGUAUGAAAUGAGUCUCUCCUUCUUCACUAGCGCGUCAUCAUACAAAUUUCGUUUACAGGGGUGUAAAGUAGUAAAAACUAACUAAACUAGCGCGUCAUCAUACAAAUGACGUUUACAGGGGUGUAAAGUAGUAAAAACUAACUUAGCUAGUUGUGCUAGACAUUUUCUAGAUAAAACUAUGAAAUAUGUGUAUGCUUUUCUCCUCCAAGUGAACAACAGCUGAAUCAAAGGGGUCAGAUUUCAAAACUCUGCCGCUGAGGAUGCACUUCAGUAUCCUUCGCGAGAGGAAGCUAUCGAAGUGAGGAGGACACUCCUCUGUUCGCCUACAAACAAAUGAACCCUCUCCUUGACCACUUAUCGGUUUCCAGGUCACAGAGGAGAGGAGGACAGAGGAGUCGAGGAGAGGACGGACUGUUGUCCAAUUAAGAAUCCCCCCCAUCUAAGGUCACCCAACUCUGGCCUUUUAUCGAGGCUCUCACAGAGUAAAGCAUUCCUCCUCACUGGUGAGAGAGGUAAUAUAUGUGUGGAGAACUCAUUGUACUGACAUGUAACCCUACCACACAGCACACACAAUAUGGAAAACAAAGAGGCAGGUUAAAUCAGUAUUUUCCCUAGUGUACAGUAUUAUACAGAGUCUCUGUAAAUUUCCUGGAGUACCCACAAUGCACAGGUGGUGUGUCACAGCAAGUACUGAACCCUUGUUAUAACAUGUUCUCAAGCUACCACUGAUUGCAGGUCUUUGAGGCCUGGUUAGUACUGUGAUAUAACGUUCAUGUGAAAAGCAAUGACAUUGAUUUAUAACGUCUGUAUGUUUUUAGUUUGCUGAUGUCCGUACAAUCCAGAGAUGUUACCCUAAAAACAGUAACCUAAAAGUAAAGGAUUAGACAUUUCAAAUGUAUUGCAGUUUAGUCUCUCACUUACUGUUAGUGGGAAAUGAAAUGCUUCUUUAUAAAAGGUAUGUAUGAUGAGUUUAGGUCUUAAUUGCUAAUAUGUAUAUCUAAGAAUGAGAAUGUGCUUUGUUUGUUGUAAAUAAAGUUGCUAUAACAUAA